AUGUACUUCUCGUCGUUCAUUGCGACAAUAUCAUUAAUAGCAUUCUCAAAUGCGAAAUCAGAUUUUCAAUUCGACAUCCUAGAUUCUCUAUCACAUGCACAAUGUUCGAGUUCAAUUCUCUCGUCUUCAUAUUCUAUAUGUCCUUCAAAUCUCGAAUUAUCGCGAAACAAACAUCACCCAAGUGAAUCCUCACAGCUCAUCUCCAUCAACAGCAAUAAAUCCAAUUCAACUUUAUCCACAUCAUCAACACCUCCACCAUGGCAAUAUCCACCCGUCUGUUCCAAUAUAACCUCGACCUCCCCUAAGACUCCUCAAUUCUGCGUCUACACAUCCACAACCUUCGCCUCAGGCCGCGGCAUCUCUCUCCUCACCACCCCAAAGAUCGCUUCCAGAAUCGCCUCUCUUCCCGCCUUCACCUCCUCACUCCCCUUCCAACCCCUCUACAACUCCUCAAACCCCGCACCUUUUGAAAUCCGCGAACUUCCCGGCAGAGGAAUGGGUGUAAUAGCCACUCGCCCCAUCAAACGCGGUACUAUCCUAUUCGCCUAUCCCACCAUCGGAAUCUAUCACAACUCUGCAUUUCCCAAAACCCACAACUCCUCCUCUUCCUCUCAAAACCACACAUCUCUCUUCUCCCUCUCCGCCACCCAACUCCCCCCCUCCACCUCAAACCUCCUUUAUUCCCUCGCAGCACACGAACCACACCGCCAGGUCCACAACGGCGAAGGCGUCAUCGGACGUCUCAACACCAAUACCUUUGGCGAAGACUUUCUCGGCCAAGAACACAGCAUCGUUGUUCCUGAAACCGCGCGAUUAAAUCACGAUUGCAGACCUAAUGCGAAUUAUUAUUUUGAUGCGAGAACGCUGAUGCAUUACACGGUUGCGGGGAGGGAGAUUGCGGUAGGGGAAGAAGUUACGAUUACUUACACCAACCCCUCAUUCCCUCUGGUUCUCGCCGCUCCGCCCUCCGUCAUUCCUGGGGUUUCCACUGCACCUGUCCCCACUGUCUCCUCCCCAACCCCCAACUCCAGCACUCCAACCAUCUCAUCCGCACCAUCCUCUCCCUCCAAUCCUCUCUCGAAUACAAUUCCUCCUCCCCUUUCCCCCCUGCAGAUUUCAUCUCUAAAUCACUCUAUCUUAUUGAAUUAUAUAGAUUAG